UUUUUUUUACUUGUGUUCUCAUCAUGGCCAUGUCAAACUCGCCCAUCACUCAGGUCUCAGAGUCACCUAUUACUCAGGUCUCACAAUACUCCUCUGAACCACCCUCACCAGGUCAGGGCACAUUCCCUUCCAAGCUUCUGCUUGACCUGCGUGGCACACGUUUCGAGAUUGACAGAGAGGUUCUUGUCAGUCUUCCAGAGAGCAUCCUCAUCGUCAUGUUCCCCAAUGGUCUCAUCCUUGGUCGUGGACACUCUGAGAGUUAUGAUGACGACGACAACAAUUCGGAAGAAUCCCUGUCUCUGGAAGACCAGAUCAUCUAUGUUGACUUUGACCCAGCCUGUAUGGAUUACGUCCUAGACUUUUACCAUGAGGCCCAGACAGCAGGGGAGGCUCAACGACUUGCCAACCCACAAACCACACUCCAUAACAAUCUUUCGUCUCAGAACCCUCUUUUGAACAAACAGGCCAUUAUUGUCCUGAGAGAAGAGUUGGACUAUUUUGCGGUCAUCCCUCCCAAGGCUGGGUUUCCUGCAAAGGAGGACAUGCCAGCUACAGGGCCUGUCCAUGCGGAUCCUAGCAAGGUCAAUGUCAAAACCUUGUGUGGAACCCAUCUGUUGGAACAGCGCAAGAUCUUUACAGCUCUUCAACGUAACAUCAACAAGGAAAACAAUGUAGCAGAACAGCACCUUAUCGAUAUGCUCUGUGUCUCGGGCUUUUCUAGAGACGAUGAAUGGGGAUAUCGAGAUAUUGAACCUAAAAAGACCUCUAUCGUCAGCAUUGCACUUGUCAUGCUCAAGACAACAGGGAGCGGGAAUCAAAUGGCGACCGCUCAAAAACUUUUGCUUUUCUGGAGAAAACCUGCCAGGAAAUGCUGGUGGGAUGGAGUUGAGGUGGAGCUUGAUCAAGGCGAGCAUAAGCUUCCUAUUCGACUCUGGGCGAGACGAACAUGGACUCUGGAGCUGGUACUUGUCUAAAGGAGAGGAAAAAAAGAAGAAAGAAAGAAAGAAAGAAAGAAAGAAAGGAAAAGAAUAGAAAAAAGAAAAGCAGGAUUUAGAGUGUCAUCAUGUCAGGAUCAGCAAUGAAGUGAAAAGAAUAACAACAACACCAACAAAAAAAAAAAUGUUUGAGGGAUUUUUGUCCACUACAGCGAAGCUAUUCUGAAGCUACUCUCCGAAUGAAAUAAGGGACCGCAAACAGCAAAGCUUGAGUGUACAGAAAAGGGCAUGGAUUGAAAGAAUGAAGGUGUCUGGAAUCUUACAAGGACGUUCUGCAAAUGUUGAUCGGCCAAUGACUUGAAACGACAAAACUCCCUAUUCAAUGAUUUAUCCUAAACCAUGAU